AUGGCUGACGCUUUGAAAGCUGAGGGCAACAAGGCCUUCUCGGCCAAGGACUACCCGACUGCUAUUGAGAAAUUCACUCAGGCUAUCGCCAUCGAAUCCGAAAACCACAUCCUCUACUCCAACCGUUCCGCUGUCUACGCUGCUCAAGCCGACUACCAAAAAGCUUUGGAUGAUGCCGAGAAGGCUAUCGGUAUCAAGCCCGACUGGUCUAAGGGCUAUGCCCGCAAGGGAGCUGCCUACAAGGGCCUCGGAGAUCUAUUGGCCGCACAUGACGCAUACGAUGAGGCCUUGAAGAUCGAGCCCGAAAACGCACAGGCCAAGUCAGGAAUGAGCGCUGUUCAGCGCGCCAUCAACGCUGAGGCCACUGCCGAUGGUGUUGAAGACCCCAGCGCCGGUCUCGGCGGUAUGUUCAACGACCCGGGACUCUUCCAGAAGCUUGCCAGCAACCCUAAGACCGCUCCCCUGCUUGCCGAUGCCGAGUUCAUGGCCAAGCUGAAGAAGAUUCAACAAAACCCGAACAGUGUUGGAGAGGAGAUUCGCGACCCACGUUUCCUCUCGGUGAUGAGCGUGCUUCUUGGAAUCGAUAUGAACUUCGGCGGUGAGGGUGGUCCCUCUGGUGCCCAGGAUACCGCCAUGCCCGAUGCCAAGCCUGCUUCGCCGCCGCAACCCAAGAGGGAGCCUACACCCGAGCCAGUGGAUGAGGAGGCUCUUGCCAAGAAGAAGGCUCAGGAGGCCGGUGAUGCGGAGAAGAAGAUUGGUAACGACUUCUACAAGCAGAAGCAAUUUGACCAGGCCAUCGAGCACUACGAGAAGGCUUGGGAGUUGCACAAGGAUAUUACCUACUUGAACAACACUGGCGCGGCUAAGUUCGAGAAGGGCGAUUACCAGGGCACUAUUGAGACCUGUCAGAAGGCCGUCGAGGAGGGCCGCGACCUGCGUGCUGACUUCAAGACCAUUGCCAAGGCCUAUACCCGUAUCGGCAGUGCUCACGAGAAGAUGGGUGACCUCACCCAGGCCAUCGAGUUCUACCACAAGUCGCUCACUGAGCACCGCACACCCGAGGCCUUGGCCAAGAUGCGUGCCGCCGAAAAGACCAAGUCUACUACUGAGAAGAACGCCUACAUGAACCCCGCCGAGGCUGAGAAGGCCCGUGAGCUCGGUCAAGAGAAGUUCCAGGAGGGUAACUGGCCCGCCGCCGUAGAUGCCUUCACCGAGAUGACCAAGCGCGCUCCCUCCGAUACUCGCGGUUACUCAAACCGUGCCGCCGCCCUUAUCAAGUUGAUGGCAUUCCCCCAGGCCGUGCAGGACUGCGACACUGCCAUUGGUCUCGACCCUAAGUUCAUCCGCGCGUACAUGCGCAAGGGUCAGGCUCUCAUCGCCAUGAAGGAGUUCAACCGCGCUCUGGAUACCUUCACCGAGGCUGCCGAACACGAUGACGGCUCUAACCGUCGCGAGAUUGAGCAACAGCAGCAGAAGUGCCUCGAUGCUCAAUUCAGCGCCCGUGCUGAUGAGACCGAGGAGCAAACUUCUGCUCGUAUCCAGAACGACCCAGAGAUCAUGUCUAUCCUCCAGGACCCUGUCAUGCAAAGCAUCCUCCAGCAAGCCAAGAACGACCCGGCUGCGCUGCAGGAGCACAUGCAGAACAGCCAGGUGCGCAUGAAGAUCCAGAAACUCAUGGCCGCUGGUGUGAUCCGUAUGGGUCGGUAA